CGCAACGAUCAGCCUCUGUACGGAAUGACGCCAAACCACAUGUCCCUCCGCGUAAAUUAAGUGUGCCGUCUUUAUCGCCUAGGUUCGUCCCUCCAAAGCUACCUGAGAAAAGUCCAGCCAUGAAGAUUGAAACGCAAUGCAAGAAACUUAAAGGGGAGAAGCUAUCAGGAACAGCAACAGUACGUAUCGCCAAAACUAUCAUCGUUCGGUACUUGUCUAUGCUGAAUGAAACCAGAGACAGUAUUUUAGUUACGGAUGUUCCUUGCGAACUCAAGGAUUACUUCCGGGUAGGUGACCAGUGGUUGAAGGUCAAUGAUAAUAUGCUGAAAAACGUCCACUUUGCCCGAGACUGUGUUCGAAUGUCAGACAAACCGGAGAUCGAGAUCACGCUAAAGAGAAUCCCGUUUGGAACAAUCUGUGACUUCCAAUGGAAUUCAGAUAAUGUUGACGACAUAGGGUUGAAACUCCACGGAAACGAGAUUGAGCGGGUAUAUCCAGAAGGUCUGGCUCAUCGCAGAGGAUCUCUACAGUCAAACGAUACCACUUGUCUGAACAGUGCAGGCUUGAGAUGCAACUACGUCAUCACUGAGGUCAACUUUGACUGCGUCCAACCCAAUGCAUCUACAGAACAGGUAUGGGAGAUGAUCAAGAAGGCAGGCCGCAUUGUCAUUCUCAUCCUCCAUCCCGUAGACUUCCGUACCGUUCAGAGGGGCUACGACAUCGACGAAAACGACAUGUACGAAGACGUGCGAUCAUUCUAACAACAUGCGCUAUGGAACUUUAGAGAAGUGCUACAAAAUGGCAGAUCUGGUCUAAGAUCAUUCACUAAUGACCCGAAAGGAACUACAGAGGGACUAGUCCAGAAUCUGGGCUAUUUAAUUUUUGACUUCCACCUCACCAACGCGACCUCCCCCUACUAACUUGCUGCCAGCCGAAGAUGGC